CACCGUAGCAGUGAUGUGGCCAUCAAGCUUUCCGACUUCCACGUCACGAGGAAGUUGUGGCGACCCGAAGAGGCAGCUCACCCUACGGCCCGACUCCCCCCUGACUGACUUUUGUAAAUGUAAAGCGUACAACUGCAUAGCAAGGCCGCUUUCCAACCCGUUGGUGGUGAUUUGAGGUGAAAAGCCAGCCAGCCAGUCAGUCAUAUUUAUCAGAUUCUUCGAGAACAUUCCACAUCCAGCAACAAAAUGACAGCGGCGGAGAAUGUUUGCUACACUCUCAUCAAUGUUGCCUCCGACUCGGAGCCCCCCUCUGAAGUCUGCUUGAAGACUGAUCUGGAAAAGGGAGAGAUUAAAGCAAAAACUGAGGCCCUCAAGAAAGUGAUAAUCAUGAUACUGAAUGGUGAGAAGCUGCCAGGUCUGCUGAUGACCAUCAUCCGCUUUGUGCUUCCACUUCAAGACCACACCAUAAAAAAACUGCUGCUUGUUUUUUGGGAGAUUGUUCCCAAAACUACUCCCGAUGGCAAGCUGCUCCAGGAGAUGAUCCUGGUUUGUGACGCCUACAGGAAGGACCUACAGCACCCCAAUGAGUUCAUCCGAGGCUCCACUCUCCGUUUCUUGUGUAAAUUGAAGGAGUCUGAGCUGCUUGAGCCUCUCAUGCCAGCAAUCCGUGCUUGCCUGGAGCACCGACACAGCUAUGUCCGCCGGAAUGCCGUUCUGGCCAUUUACACCAUCUACAGAAACUUUGAACAUCUCAUCCCGGAUGCUCCAGAGCUGAUCCAUGAUUUUCUCGUGAAUGAAAAAGAUGCGAGCUGUAAGAGGAAUGCUUUUAUGAUGCUGAUUCAUGCAGAUCAGGAUCGAGCUUUGGAUUACCUGAGCACGUGCAUAGACCAAGUUCAUACUUUUGGAGAUAUUCUACAAUUGGUCAUUGUGGAGCUGAUUUACAAAGUUUGUCACGCAAACCCUACUGAGCGUGCCCGCUUUAUCCGUUGCAUCUACAACUUGCUUCAGUCUUCCAGUCCGGCUGUAAAGUACGAGGCAGCUGGCACGCUUGUAACUCUCUCGAGUGCACCCACAGCCAUUAAGGCUGCUGCCCAGUGUUACAUCGAUCUGAUUAUCAAGGAAAGUGACAACAAUGUGAAACUCAUCGUCCUUGAUCGAUUGGUCGAGCUGAAGGAGCAUCCCACUCAUGAGCGUGUACUCCAGGACCUCGUCAUGGACAUUCUCCGUGUUCUCGGGACUCCCGACCUGGAAGUGAGAAAAAAGACCUUGCAGCUGGCCCUGGACCUUGUGUCGUCACGCAACGUGGAAGAGUUGGUGAUUGUUUUGAAGAAAGAGGUGAUCAAGACGAACAAUGUGACCGAACAUGAAGAUACGGACAAGUACAGGCAGCUCUUGGUCCGCACGCUUCACUCCUGCAGCGUGCGCUUCCCUGACAUGGCGGCCAAUGUCAUCCCUGUGCUGAUGGAAUUUUUAAGUGACACAAAUGAAGCAGCCGCCGCUGACGUGCUGGAGUUUGUGCGAGAAGCCAUUCAGAGAUUUGACAUCUUAAGACCGCUUAUCAUUGAGAAGAUGCUGGAAGUCUUUCAUGCGAUUAAAACAGUCAAAAUAUUCAGAGGAGCGCUUUGGAUCUUGGGGGAAUACUGCAGCACUAAAGAAGACAUCCAGAGCGUGAUGACGGAGGUCCGCAGGUCACUGGGCGAGAUUCCGAUCGUGGAGAAUGAGAUAAAGAAAGAAACGGGGGAGUUGAAGGCAGAGGAUGAAGUGACUGCAGCUCCAGCUCAGAAACUGGUGACGGAGAUGGGCACGUAUGUGACACAGAGCGCGCUCAGCUCCUCCAGGCCUUCCAAAAAAGACGAAGACAGGUCAGAGAACAGCUUGGACAGUUUGUCGCAUAAUUUUGUCAGCCCACUCAUUCUGUUCCUGGUGCUCAGGCCUCCGCUGAGGGACUUCUUGAUGCACGGCUACUUCUAUGUGACUUCUUCUCUAGCCACAACACUGACCAAAGUGGCUUUGCGCUACGUUUCUAUCGUUCAAGAUAAAAAGAAACAAAAUUCUUUUGUCGCAGAGGCCAUGUUGAUCAUGGUCACCGUGCUGCACCUGGGCAAGUCCUCCCUGGCCAAGAGGCCAAUCACAGACGACGACGUGGACCGCAUCUCGCUGUGCCUGAAGGUCCUGUCAGAGUGCUCGCCGCUCAUGAAUGACAUCUUCAACAAGGAGUGCCGGAAAUCCCUGUCGCGCAUGCUGACUGUCAGAAUGGAGGAGGAGAAGCUUUCACAGAAGAAAGAGUCCGAGAAGCGCAGUGUGACGGUGCAGGCCGACGACCCCAUCUCCUUCAUGCAGCUCACAGCCAAAAAUGAGACCACUUCGAAGGAGGACCAGUUCCAGCUCAGCCUGUUGGCUGCCAUGGGCAACACUCAAAGGAAGGAAGCCGCUGAUCCAAUGGCUUCAAAACUCAAUAAGGUGACCCAGCUUACAGGUUUCUCAGAUCCAGUGUACGCAGAAGCCUAUGUCCACGUCAACCAGUAUGAUAUUGUGCUGGAUGUGCUCGUCGUAAACCAAACCAGCGACACGCUCCAGAACUGCACCCUCGAGCUGGCUACUUUAGGUGACCUCAAGCUUGUCGAGAAGCCUUCCCCACUCACUCUGGCCCCUCACGACUUUGCGAACAUCAAGGCUAACGUCAAAGUAGCGUCGACUGAAAAUGGCAUCAUCUUUGGGAACAUAGUGUAUGAUGUGUCCGGGGCUGCAAGCGACAGGAACUGCGUUGUCCUCAGCGACAUCCACAUCGACAUCAUGGACUACAUCCAGCCGGCAUCGUGUACAGACGCUGAAUUCAGGCAGAUGUGGACUGAAUUUGAGUGGGAAAACAAGGUGACUGUAAACACAAACAUCACUGAUCUGAACGAGUACCUCCAACAUAUCCUCAAGUCCACAAACAUGAAGUGCCUAACUCCAGAGAAGGCAUUGUCUGGCUUCUGUGGUUUCAUGGCCGCCAACCUCUACGCCCGUUCCAUCUUUGGCGAAGACGCCCUUGCUAACGUCAGCAUCGAGAAGCCCAUCCACCUGGGGCCAGACGUACCCGUCAAUGGACAUAUACGCAUUAGAGCCAAAAGUCAGGGGAUGGCCUUGAGCCUUGGUGACAAGAUCAACCUCUCCCAAAAGAAGGCAACUCUCUGAAAGAACUUUCAGCAGAACUUGAUCCUUCUGACCUUGUAAAAGUAACUCACUCUUCUAUGUAUCGUCAUCCUUGUUCCCUGGCAAUUCUGCGCAUUUACAAUUCUGGAUGGUUAAUGGCUCCUCUACUGCUUUUUUUCUUUCUUUUUUUUUUUUUUAUCAUCGCUCGUCUCGGAUAUCUACUCAUUUCUGGUUCAUUUGAAAUAAAUGUCCAUUAAAAGAGCCGUAGUCAAUGUA